UUACUGACAAAGCCUUGUUUCUGUGGUCCAACCAAGUUUCCCGACCACUGAGAGUCUGACCGUCCAACCAACUGGCCACAACUUGGAGAAAAGUCAUACUGAGUCAGGUGUUUGCUGCUGAGGUGUAAGCUGUCGCACAACGUCCUCCUAUACGACUUACAGGCUGCAGGUGAUGUUUAAAGUCCAGAACGCCUCUAUUGGACCCAUCGGCUUCAGUUUUAACAUCUUGUUCAUUACAUCAUGUCAGUCACGUUGUAGCGUGUGGUGGUAAUCCUGGAAACACUGCUUCUAAUUUGUAGCGGUUUGAAAUCACAAGACCUAAAUCAUUCUUGGAUUGGAAACAGAGAACCAGCACUAAAAGGCAAAUUUAAUUUGGGAUGUGAGGAGUAACUGCUUUCACGUGCGAGCGGGCCUGUUACUGGCCAUCACUAUGGUCAGCUGUUGACCCGCUGGUUAUUGUGUCUCAAGGCUUAAAUUGAGCUGCAAUCCCCAUAAAUCAUUUAAUUGGUUGCACUAAUAUGAAAAAGUCUGGACAUCACGCAACAAACAUGCGAGUGAUUGUAAUAAAGGGUCCACUGCACUGUCUUUGUUUUCUUGGCCUGAGUUUAAUGCUGCCGUGAGGCCACUAUGCUCACUACUGACACAAACCUGCAUGAAUGUUGUCAUGUUUAUCAGUAUGUUGCAUGCUAUCAGUGACUAAAUAAAAAUAGUAAUAAUAGUGAUAAUCAACUGUGAUAAUAUUUUUCCAUUUAAUUUGCGUCCUCCGUUUGAACAGGAUGACACUUCGCAGCUACCCUGUUCCACAACUGGACUCUACUUUGCAGGAAGUGGGCCGCGUCCUGCAGCUCACCUUAAGCCCAGACCUUUACCCCGCAUUCAGAAAUGCUCUUGAACAGCAGAGGGGGCUCCUCCUGGAGGCCCAGGAGCAGUUAACAGCUAGAGCUUCAGGCCAAGAGAACUGGGUGACGGAGCAGUUCAAGAAAGGUCUGCUGUCCUGUGCUGACCCUCUGCCCACGUCCACUGCCCUUCCUGUUGUUAUCCUUCCAUCCAAAGCAAAGACAUGCACCCAGCUGGGCAGGGCAGCGGCACUGCUUUGGGCAGCAGCCAAGCUCUAUAGUGAGCCCUUGUUAUUGGAAGGCAACGUGCCGAUGGAGCACACACAACAGUCUGAGGUAUUUGCUGCCAGCCGCAUUCCAGGCAAGAGUCAGGAUCAAAUUAAGGUAUACCCAGACAGCCUCCACGCCAUCAUCACAUGCGCUGGAGGAGUGUUUCCUGUUGACAUAUUGUGGCGUCCCAGCACUGGUGGACCCAUUUCAGCCCGCUCAUUCAUUGACAUUUACAACCAGCUGGACCAGGUGAUGUCCCAGCCUAGUGCUGGGAAACUCAAUGAUCCAUUUGCCAUUUGCAGUUUCACGGCUCUGGAACGCAAAGUCUGGGCUUCCAUCAGAGAACAGGUCCUGGAACAAGGGGGCAAAGCAGCUGCGUCACUGGCGCUGAUGGAGAGUGCUGUCCUGACGCUGUGUCUGGAAGACUGCAAUGCACCUUCUGACCUGGCUGAUACACUUAAUGCAGUGAGGCUGGGACGAACAGAUGGUCCAUGUCUGAGAUAUUAUGACAAGGUGGUAAACCUGGUGGUCUUUAAGGACGGCACGGCUGCAAUGGUGUUCGAGCACAGCGCUGUGGAUGGGAUGGUGGCUGCACUUGUGACUGAGUGUGUUUACAACCUGUCUGAGACCAUUGACCUGCACCUAGUUGAUGUGGACAAGGACAAUGGAAACGAGUCUUACCCAGUAAACAGUGUUAAUUCUGUAUGCCCAACUUCCCUAAGCUUUCCCCUGCAGGGCUUAAACACCCCCCAACCAAGCCCUCCUUUAAAGUCACAGAAUCCCGUUCUCACUUUUGACGUUCCCUCUUAUCCUGAUGUCUUUUCCACUCUCAGAGCUCAUCGAGGCUUAUACGAUGCUUGGAUCAACUUCUCUUUGCAGCUCUCCCUGAGGCAGAUUCUUCCAGAAUCCGCUUCCAGUUACUUGCUUGUCACACCCACUCAUAUGCGCCACUACAAACAUGGCCGUUGUGAUCCAACAUACUCACUCACUCUUCAUUCUCGCAAGUUGGUAACUGCCUUAGCGUCCUGCCUGGGCCCAGAUAAUAAAGUCCAAUACACAACUGACCUCCUGCAAAUGUUCCAUGUGGCAUUUGUAGAGCAUAAGAAUCUCAUCAAAAAUACUAAAAGUGGGCAAGGUGUCGGCCCCCACCUAGCUGCCCUGCGUCGAUCUUUGCCUUCCGACAAUCCACUGAAGAAGUUUUUGGAUCCUUUUGGAUGUCCAUCUGUCUACCUCACAGGCACAGAUCUAAUGGGUGGUGUUGAGUGUGGUGUAGGAAAUGUUUUUGCCCGUGAUCAACUUGCUGUGACCUAUCUGGGUAAGACAGAUAAAGUUCGCAUUGUGCUCAAUGGGAAAGGAAACUUUGCUCUGGCACUAGAGAAGCUGCAAGACUCCCUGAAAGCAAACCUGGCCAUGGUGCUACUUCUAGCUGUUCGAUAUGCCAUUGCAAGCCAAAUGGGAGCCUUGGAGAGCCUACUCCAUGUGGGGCAAACACAGAAAAUGAGUGCAGAGAUGUAUCUUAGUCCAGAACGUCUAAACGGCAAUGGCAAAAGCACAGCAGAUUCUACUGCAGCAAUGAAGCAAAACUAUACUCUAGUGAUCCACGGCGGUGCUGGAGAGGAGAUGAUGCUGAACACCCAAGUGACGGAGGUUAUUGAGUUUGCAUUACAGGCAGCUUUAUCAGUUGGGUCCCAAAUACUUCAAGAAGGUGGAAAUAGUGUGGAGGCAGUUCAAAGGUCAGUGGAAGCUCUGGAAGACUGUUUCCUCUUUAAUGCAGGAAAAGGAGCAGUGUUCAACAAAGAUGGCAAAAAUGAACUGGAAGCAACCAUUGUGGAUGGCAGGACAGGGAGGUCAGGAUCUGUUGCUUGUGUGCAAAAUGUGAAGAACCCAAUAAAAGCAGCUAGAUGUGUCAUGGAGAAGAGCUCACAUGCACUUAUUGUGGGUGAUGGGGCUGAAGAAUUUCUGCAGGGGUUGCAGGAAAAGGAGAAACCUGUUGGGCCUGAAUAUUUCUACACUGAUGUGCGUCACAAAGAGUUGGCUGUGAAGAUUACUGGCGGGUUUUCUGAAAAAUACCUGCACCCUCAGACAGUUGGAGCAGUGGCCAUGGACUGCUGGCAUGGAUUGGCUGCUGCAUCCUCCACAGGAGGGUUAGUUGGAAAGCUCAAAGGGAGGGUUGGGGACACAGCAGUGGUUGGGGCGGGGAUAUAUGCUGAUGACAAAUUAGCUGUUACCUGCUCUGGAGAUGGAGAUGUCUUUCUGAGGCGUUCAGUUGCAGAGAAAAUAGCCAGUCUCCAUCAUUACAAGGGCUAUAGCCUUAGACAGGCAUGUAGAGAAGUCAUGACUGAAGAUCUGAAGGGGUUCUGUGCAGGAAUUAUUGCUGUGGACGAAAAAGGAAAUUCCAUCAUUGAAACAAACACCGGUGUGAUGUUUGUGGCCUCAAUGGUAAAUGGCAUUUCACGAAUUGAGGUCCUUCGGCCUGUGAAGAACUUCUCCAGUGUGGUCUGGGAAACGGAUGAGCUAGUUGCCUAUCUGAGUCCCAAUCCCUGGACCACUGGGUCAACCAUUCUGACUAGAAAAGCCCUCAGUGGGCCAAGCAGUAUCUUCCAGUUGCCUGCAGUGGAUUUUGUGAGAUGGCUUCAAGGAGCUAGAGCUGUAUCAGGCUUAUUAUGCGAGAGGUUGGGGGUGCAGCGCUGCGCCUUGGUUUUCUAUCCAAUCACUGAUCAUCCAGCACAAAUUAGACUUCUUCCACUUCAUGGCUUAGAGCCGAAGUGGCAGCCACAUCUUGCUGGUGAAGAGGAAUUCCACUCCUGUGAUCCAGGUUAUUGCUCCUCAAAAAGUGGGCCAUGCUGGGAUGACGAGGCACUGACCCAAAUCCAAACCAAGAUUAGAAGUGGACUGCCAACACCAAAUGCACCCUCUUGCUUUGACUUUUUCGGUGACCAUUCCAAUGAUAAUCUGUUCAGCCGCAUUGUACGUGGUGAGCAGCAACAGUGGAGAGUGUGGGAAGACAGUGAGCAUGUUGCUUUUCUAACACCAUACCCAAAUAGUCCUGGAGCGACUGUUGUGGUGCCACGCAAACCACUGACCAGUGACCUCUUCAAGUUAAAUGAAGAUGACUACAAUGCACUGAUUGUGGCCACUUACAAAGUGUCCCGACUUCUGGAAAGGGGGAUGAGAGCUCAUGGUGUUGCACUGAUCUUUGAGGGAUUUGAGAUUGACUAUGCCCAUGCGAAGCUGAUCCCACUGGUACCUUCAUCUGAAGCCACUAAUUCUGCUGAGCUGCAAUCAGAAUUCUUUGACAACUACCCUGGAUUUGUAUCAUCAUUGGAGGGUCCAGCAGCUGACCCAGAGGCACUGCAAAAGAUCCAUUUAAAAAUCACCCAGUGUAAGCCUCCUCGUUCGUGGGAAAACCCUCAGGUUCACUCUAGGCUGGCCAUCAGGAGCCCGUGGUAUCGCAAUCUGUUUCAGAUUCAGAACACACUCUUCCACAGCACAGUAGAAUUCUUCCACACGUUGUGCCAGUACUCCUAUGCUCUGACCCCUCUAACCACAGACACCAUCUCCUCACCAAUGGGCCUGGGAUCUGACUCGGAACCAGUUUCUGUUAAUUUGUUGGGUCAGGACAUUUUCCUGGCUGACUCCAUGCAAUUCGUACUUGAAUAUUUCCUUCGUUUCCAAGAGAACCUGCCAGGGACCUAUUACAUAUCUCCAAGCUUUAGAGGUGAAGAUUCUGAUGCCACCCACUUGAACCAGUUCUACCAUGUUGAAUGUGAACUGCUGGGGGACAUGGACAAAGCCAUUUCUGUAGCAGAGGGAUACUUGGCUCAUCUCACUAAGUCCAUUUUGAAGAAGCACUCUGACAUAAUCCUCAACACUGCUGGCACCCUUUCUCACGUCACAGCCAUGUUGGGUAAGUUGAAUGGGAAAGAAAUGCUACCCAGAGUCCCUCUGGACCAAGCCAUUCCCAUGAUGCCAACUGCUGACUGUUUAGAGUGGGUCCAAGAUGGCUACCCCCAGUUUGGCAGAAAGCUCACACGCAAAGGAGAACGUGUUUUGAUAAAGAAAUAUGGUGGAGCUGUUUGGCUGACUGAGAUGGACCAUCUGGGAGUUCCCUUCUACCAGGCAUACGUAGAGGGGACUGGGCAAAGCAAAGCUAAAGCUGCUGACCUUCUGUUUGGACUGGGUGAGACUGUGGGUCUGGGUGAGCGUCAUUCCACCCCUGAGAUGGUGCACGAGGCUCUCAGACGCCAUGCAGUGCCAGAGCAAUCCUACAAAUGGUAUAUUAGCAUGCGCCAAAUGAAACCAAUCGUCACUAGUGGAUGGGGCAUGGGAACAGAACGCUACUUGUGUUGGCUGCUUCAGCAUGAUGACAUCAGGGAUAUUCCCAUCAUACCUAGAAUCAAAGGAAUGAAGUUUAUGCCCUAGGUGUAGGUUUGUCAUGGCUCUUUCUGAUUUAGAUGCAAAUCUUUGGGUUUCCUAGAUUCUUCUGUAUCCAUGGCCACAAGUCUUUCUCCUGUUUUUUUUUUUUUUAAUUUAACAAGGCCCUUGAAUACCUAACAAACUGAAGAUAAUGAGAUAAUCCAAACAUUAAUAUGGUAAACAAAGGCUGCAGGAAAACAUUUAAUAUUUGAGUGUGAUGAAGCACUAAUUGCAAUGUAAAUGGAGAUUGUGGGUGGUUUUCUGAGAUUAACUCCAUUGACAGUAAUUAUUUACAUGGUAUAAAUUGCUUUUUUAUUACAGAAAAAAAACGUUUUAAUUGUCAUUUAUAAUGGUUUAAUAAAUAAUGCAAGCAAAAUUUC